AAAAAACCCAUUUUCUAAACCAUGAAAAGCCAUAUAUUUUCUCUGGUUUUCUUCUUGUUUACGCUAGUAGCCCAUGGAUUGAACCCCAAAUGUGAGAGUCAAGACCGAGGUUCAAACCUCCAAGUGUUCCACAUUUACAGUCCCUGCUCACCCUUCAGACCCUCAAAGCCGCUGUCAUGGGAAGAAGAUGUGCUCCAGACGCAAGCCAAGGACCAGGUCAGGCUCCGAUAUUUGUCCAGCCUCGUGGCCAAGAAAUCCGUGGUGCCAAUAGCUUCCGGCAGGCAGAUAUUGCAGAGUCCGACUUAUAUCGUGAGAGCCAGCAUCGGAACCCCACCUCAAACCUUGCUCAUGGCCAUGGAUACCAACAACGAUGCCGCUUGGAUACCUUGUACCGGCUGCACCGGCUGCUCUUCCACUGUUUUCGACAAUGUUAAGUCCACCACUUUCCACACCCUCGGCUGCCAAGCUCCUCAAUGCAAGCAGGUGCCGAAUCCCAGCUGCGAUACCACUGGCAACACUUGCAUAUUCAACAUGACCUACGGUGGUUCCACCAUUGCAGCGAACCUCUCACAGGACACAAUCGCCUUAGCCACCGACUCUGUCCCGAGCUACACUUUUGGCUGUCUGCAACAGACGACCGGCAACUCGGUGCCACCACAGGGUCUGUUAGGGCUUGGUCGAGGUCCAUUGUCCCUUCUGUCUCAGACCCAAGACUUGUACCAAUCCACAUUCUCUUACUGUUUGCCUAACUUUAGGUCCUUGAACUUUUCUGGGUCAUUGAGACUUGGGCCAGUUGGGCAGCCCUUGAAGAUCAAAACCACCCCGUUGCUGAAGAACCCUAGGAGACCAUCGCUUUACUUUGUGAAUCUGAUUGGAAUCAGAGUUGGAAACAGAGUUGUUGAUAUCCCACCAUCUGCCAUUGCUUUCAAUACCACCACUGGUGCCGGCACCAUUAUUGAUUCUGGUACCGUCUUCACCCGGCUAGUCGCACCGGCCUAUGUUGCUGUCCGAGAUGAGUUCCGGAGACGUGUUAAGGUUGCCAACGUGACGUCUCUCGGCGGUUUCGAUACAUGUUACAAUGUACCGAUAGUGGCACCGACGGUAACGUUGAUGUUCGCCGGCAUGAACGUGACACUCCCAGAAGAUAACCUGUUAAUCCACAGCACAGCGGGAAGCAUCACAUGUUUGGCGAUGGCAUCGGCACCAGAUAAUGUGAAUUCGGUGCUGAAUGUGAUAGCCAAUAUGCAGCAACAGAACCAUAGGAUCCUUUUCGAUGUGCCCAAUUCGAGAUUGGGUGUUGCCCGUGAGCUCUGCAGCUAAAAUACCGACUCUACUUGUGCUUCGGCAAUUCAAUUAUUCGUCUUCUGUUCGAGUAAUGCAACUGUUUUCAAAGUUUUAAUAUAUAUAAAUUUAAAGAUGUAUUAAUAA